GUUAUUUUGAGAUUAACCAACCGAAUUUUAUUGCAAGAGUGGAUCAUAUUUAAUUAAACUUAAUUAUAAUAAUAAUACGCAAUUUACACUCAAUAUAUCAGUUCAAGAACCAAAUUAUAGAGUUGAAAAUUCCAUACAAACAAACGGCACUGCAAUUAGGUCUCUCUCUCUGCGUUUCCGAUGGAAACCAAGAAGCUUCAGUCUCGAUUCUCACUAGGCAGACAAUCCUCGCUGGCACCUGAUCGCGAAGAUUCCUCUACCGUCGACGAGUCGGCAUCUGAGGCGGUGGAUCCUCCGGUUCGAUUGAUGUAUUUGGCAAACGAAGGGGACUUAGAAGGAAUCAACGAGCUUUUAGACGGAGGUAGUGACGUCAAUUUCAGAGACAUUGACGGCCGCACCGCUCUCCACAUCGCCGCCUGUCAAGGCCGAACAGACGUCGUCCAAUUGUUGCUCCAAAGAGGUGCUGAAGUUGAUCCUCAAGAUCGAUGGUGCAGCACCCCUCUUGGAGAUGCAUUGUACUACAAAAAUCAUGAUGUUGUCAAACUUUUGGAGCAACACGGUGCCAAACCCCCGGUGGCUCCGAUGCAUGUCGAGAAUGCCCGCGAAGUCCCAGAAUAUGAGAUUGAUCCUUCUGAACUUGAUUUUACAAAUAGUGUUUGCAUAACAAAGGGAACAUUCCGGAGAGCAUUAUGGCGUGGAAUUCAAGUAGCUGUUAAAACUCUUGGGGAGGAAGUGUUCACAGAUGACAAUAAAGUAAAAGCAUUUCAUGAUGAGCUUACAUUACUUCAGAAAGUAAGGCAUCCAAAUGUUGUCCAAUUUUUGGGUGCUGUGACACAAUGCACUCCAAUGAUGAUUGUCACAGAAUAUCUACCCCAGGGGGAUCUUCGUGCCUACUUGAAGCGGAAAGGUGCAUUAAAACCAAUAAUAGCUGUGAAGUUUGCACUUGAUAUUGCUAGGGGAAUGAACUAUUUGCAUGAACAUAAACCUGAAGCCAUUAUACACCGAGAUCUUGAACCUUCAAAUGUUCUCCGGGAUGAUUCUGGGCAUCUGAAAGUUGCAGACUUUGGAGUUAGCAAGUUGCUCAAAGUCACUAAAACAGUCAAAGAAGACAAACCAGUGACAUGCCAGGAUUCAUCAUCAGGGCGGUAUGUUGCACCAGAAGUCUACAGAAAUGAGGAAUAUGAUACCAAAGCAGAUGUGUUUUCCUUUGCUCUGAUAUUACAAGAGAUGAUUGAAGGUUGUCCACCAUUUUAUAGAAAGCCAGAAAAUGAAGUUCCUAAAGCAUACGUGGAAAAUAUGCGUCCACCAUUUAAGGCUUCACCUAAGCUUUAUGCUUAUGGAUUAAAAGAGUUAAUUGAGGAAUGUUGGGAUGGAGAACCAUACAGAAGACCAGCAUUUAGGCAAAUAAUUGAGAGGUUGGAUAAGAUCACCCACCAUCUUGCUCAAAAGAGGCACUGGAAGGCUCUGACUCCUGCAUGCAUCCGGAAUCUAGAGGCCUUGUUUAAGAGGUAUCCUACAAGUCCUGGUAGUCGAUCAUCUCGCUCAACUGUUAGAUAAACAGUUGCCACACGAAGCAACGUCAACAUCAAUUUUGUAGUUUCAAGAAGGAAAAAAUUAUACACCUGAUUGUGGUUUUUUCAUUUACAUGCGUUCAUGUGUAGCUUUAUGUGAAUAAUAGCGUACGGUUGUGCUUAGAUAAGUCUUUUAAUAAGGGAUUAUGAUCUCUUCAAUUUUUUUUCUGGAAGUUAUUUUUUACCCUAGUUUUACUCUUUUAGAUUUCUGAUUUUUGUGGGUAGAACUUUUAGAUUUAUAAUCUAAUUAUUUAUAAAUAUUGUGCAUAUAUUUGAUAUUCCUUGUAUAGAGUUCUAGAUUUAUUAGGAUGAGAAGGAACGCACCCUCAAAAUGCAAA